GGGCCGCCGCGACUAGGAUAGCGAUUUUCCUCCCGUUAUGAGAAAUGUUUGAGUGGAUUCCACGGUCGCCUGUGCGCGCAGUUCACAACGAAAAAUGCGGGAUUUUCACGGACACCGCAUACUGUAACGCUUGCGCAUUCAGAAAACUCGCGUAUCCGAGGAAUUCUAACCGUCGCCUAACAGUUUCGGUCUAAUCACGCCAGAUUCUUCGUCAUUUUCCCAUCGAAGUUCCAUCGCUGUCACACGUCUCGAAGAAAUUGCACAAUACACAACGUCGAGAUGGCUGAUGACACGAGUGUACGCGUCGCUGUACGAAUAAGGCCUCAAGUAGCACGUGAAGUGAUUGACAUGUGUAGAAUAUGUACUCAAGUACCUCUAGGAGAACCCCAGGUCUUUCUUGGACCAGACAAAGCCUUCACGUAUGAUUAUGUUUUUGAUACUGGCAUCGGGCAGUGCACAAUUUAUGACACAUGUGUUGCACGGCUAGUAGAAGGCGCUUUAGACGGUUACAAUGCAACUGUCCUUGCUUAUGGUCAGACUGGUUCUGGCAAAACUUAUACUAUGGGAACUGGUUUCGAUGUGGAAGUUGAAGAAACCAUUGUUGGUAUCAUUCCUAGAGCAAUUACACAUCUUUUUGAUGGAAUAGCAGAGAAACAAAAGCAUGCCAAGGAACGUGCACAAAUGCCUCCAGAAUUUAAGGUUACUGCACAAUUUUUGGAACUAUACAAUGAAGACUUGAAAGACCUACUGGAACCAGGUGGACCAAGAGGUGGUGCUCGCAUUCAUGAAGAUACUUCGGGCAACAUUCAUUUAGCUGGUGUAGAACCACGAAUUGUAACCAGUCCGGAACAAGCGUUAGAAUAUUUACGAUUAGGAGCAUUAUCACGCACAACUGGAUCUACUCAAAUGAAUACUCAAUCGUCAAGAUCACACGCAAUAUUUACAUUGUAUGUAAGACAACAGAGAUGCAUCAGAGUCGAAGAUCCGGACGCCGAUGUGGAUACAAGCGGAACGGAACCAGCAAAUGAAUUUGAGACUCUGACUGCGAAAUUCCACUUUGUAGAUUUAGCUGGUUCAGAAAGGUUAAAGAGAACUGGUGCUACAGGGGAUAGAGCAAAAGAAGGAAUAUCUAUAAAUUGUGGAUUGUUGGCCCUGGGUAAUGUGAUUUCAGCACUCGGCGACAAAACAAAGAAAGCUUUACAUGUACCAUACAGAGAUUCAAAGUUGACUAGGCUACUUCAAGAUUCCCUUGGAGGAAACAGUCAGACUGUCAUGAUAGCGUGUGUAUCUCCGAGCGACCGAGAUUUUAUGGAAACUCUGAGUACUUUAAAGUAUGCAAACAGAGCAAGAAAUAUAAAGAACAAAGUUACAAUUAAUCAGGAUAAGAGUUCAAGGACAAUAGCUUCUUUGCGAAGAGAAAUUCAACAACUUCAGUUAGAGUUAAUGGAAUAUAGGCAAGGUAAAAGAGUUGUCGGUGAAGAUGGUGUAAAUGAUGCUUGGCACGAAAAUCAGAUGUUGAAUAGCGAAUUACAAAGUCUACGUACGAGAGUUAAAGCUCUUUCAGAAACGGUCGAAGCGUUAACUGCAAAGAAUGUUCUCCUGCUGGCAGAAAAGGCUGCUGGUCAGUGGGUAUCGUCGACAGGUGGAAAUGGCGAUGUAACGAGUCUAGUACAGGGAUAUGUUCAAGAGAUAGAAGAACUAAGGGCACGUCUUUUGGAAGCAGAAGCUAUGUAUCAACAGUUAAAAAAACGACAGAUGCAGGUUAAUGCAGCAAAUCCGUACGGUGAUUCUGGAUACGUAUGUCAGAGUGAUUCUACGUCAGUAUUAAGCGACGCCAAAAAAGAGUUGCAGAAGGAGAUUCAAACGUUAACUGCAUUAAAAGAGCAGCAAGUGUACAGCGGCAACGUCGGCAACAAGACAGGAGAGGAUACAGAAGGUGAUGAUGCAGAGGUUUGCCAGGAUACAGCAAGCGAAGAUGACACGGAUGACGAUUCUGAUAGGAAAGAAGAAGACGAAGAGGAGGCAGCUAUGGGUCGUGAGUUAGAGGCUUUAACGUCAAAUAUAGACAUGAAACAGCGAUUAAUCCAGGAGCUGGAGCUCUCUCAACGACGGCUACAAACUAUGAAACAACACUACGAGGAUAAGCUGACGCAGUUACAGGCACGUAUUAAGGACACUCAAGAAGAACGGGACAAAGUGUUGCAUUCGUUGCAACAACAGCCAACGCCGCCCACGGAGAAAGUGAAGAAAUUGCGCGACGAAUACGAGAAGAAACUGUCCGCUAUGCAAAAAGAAGUGCGACUGUUGCAGUCCGCGAAAAAGGAACACGCGAGGUUGCUCAAGAGUCAGUCGCAGAACGAGAAUAGAUUGAAGGGGCUACGAAACGAACUGGCCGAGAUGAAGAGAGCUAAAGUGAAGCUUUUGAAUAAGAUGCGCGAGGAGGCUCAAAGGCACAAAGAAAAUGAAUUAAGGCGGAACAGGGAGAUAGCUCAGUUGCGCAAGGAGAGCAGGAAAAAUGCGAACAUGAUUCGAACGCUGGAAGCUGACAAAAGAAUGAGAGAAGUAGUGCUCAGGCGUAAACAAGAGGAGGUCACGGCGUUGAGAAAACGUGACAGAGGUCUUAGUCAGAAAGUAGCAGGCAGAGCACCGCCUAAGCUGACCAAUCCGAAGGCUUUGAAGCAUAGGUGGCAGACGUUCGAGAGGACUAUCGCUAAACAGGCGUUGGCUAAACAAGCGGCUGCAGAAACGGAGAGAGAGAUGGAAAGACUGCUUCAGGAACGCGAGGAUCUGGGCAGAGAGCUUGAGAAGCUUCAAAAGCACAGGAACGACAUAACAAGUAGAAGAGGAGACACGGCCGACGUUGAUGAAGAAAUCGACAAUGUAAAAAGUAAAAUUAGUUAUUUGCAGGAUAGCAUUUCCGAAUGCCAACGCGAUAUGGUGGAAAUGGGCGAUGGUGAAACGGAGGGCGAGCCCGGCGUCGAAGGUCUUGUAUCAACGGUUCACACGGUGGACGAAGCUCAGUAUUUACUGCAAAGAAUGCUGGCGUUCACCGUGGAACAGAGCUGCGUGGCCGCGCAGAAGCAGCUUGAAGUACGGGACAUGGAAUCCCGACUGAAUCAAGUUGCGCAGGAAAGCGAUGUGCAACAUCAGUUAUUGGAACAUGUACUGAGAGACCGAGAUCUUCUGUCCCUUACGAAUAGUCAUCAUAAUAAUACUUUGAAUUACAGUCACAGUCCUCCGAGUUCGAGAAGCUCGUCGCCCGAUAAUGAAACUUAUAGUCAAGUUAUAAUGGGAGAGGAUAGACAACGUAAUAACAAAGUAAGACGAAGAACCACGCAAACUCAAGAGCUUCUUUAUGGCGUUCAAGCCAGUCCAGAUAAUUUAAAAACGGAGGAUCAAACUCAAAAUUAUAAUCAUCCACUUACAAGGGUGCCUAGUGCGCCAGGCAGUUUGAAAGGGUUGGUAUUAACGAGAAGUCAACAUAGUAACAUAACUGGUGGAUCCCCGACCUUGAGUCGACGUGAUAGCACAUCACCAAGGCCACUGCGACGACCAUUACAUCCUGGUGGAGGCUCCAUGGAACAGGUAGCACAUACAGAUGUGUCAUCGCCUCCUGGAUCACCAACCACGUACCGUCGGUUCAACAGUAGGGAAGAAAAUGUUUUCUCCAGGCUAACCGCAAGUAGGCAACCAGCAUCGACAGACCCACCACCUAUGAAGGGGAUCAUUUCUCAAUAUCAGGGAAAGACACCUCCACGAGCCGUGUUGCAAUGUUCAUACGUGGCAGAAGGACAUAGUAAAGCCGUUUUAACUAUAUGCGCGACCGCAGAUCUACUAUUCAGUGGCUCAAAAGAUCGAACGGUUAAAGUAUGGGAUUUAAGAUCUGGAAUUGAAAAUCUGACCUUAACCGGUCAUCCGAACAACGUUGUCGCAGUGAAGUACUCGCCAGUAAAUAAUCUGUUAUUUAGCGUGUCUGCGGCUGUUGUAAAAGUCUGGGACUUAAGAGCAGGGAACAGUUGUGUGAAAACAUUAUUCUCAUCUGGCCAGGCCCAAAGCGGUCAGAUCGCGCUAUCAACUCAGGUUCCUAUGGGUGAAACAACUAUCAACGAUUUGGUGCUCAGUCUGGAUGAACAGGAAUUAUUCGCUGCGGCCAGCGAUAAAGUUAGAGUGUGGGAUCUGAGGAAGUUAACGCAUAUUGGAAAAUUAAGUACACCACAUACGGCGGCAGUAAUGUGUCUGGCUGUUGCGGAUGAUGGUAGAGUGAUAGCUGGUAGUAAAGAUCAUCUGAUAUCCCUCGUUGAACCAAACACAUCUGGACAAUCGGUAUGCCUGGCGCCACCACAUUACGACGGUGUUCAGUGUUUAACCACCUGCGAUUCAACACUAUUUUCUGGCUCGAGAGACAUGUGCAUUAAACGAUGGGAUCUAGACAAGAUGGAGCUAGUCCAGUCACUGAAUAAUGCACACAAAGAUUGGAUUUUAGGACUGUGUAUGGUGAACAACGGAUCUAUUAUGGUGUCGGGUUGUCGAGGAGGAGUUUUGAAAGCGUGGUCUGUACCAAAGGAACAUGGCGGGGAAUGUGCUCCAAUUGGGGAAGUUCGGGCACAUGGUUCUGCUAUCAAUGCUGUGAUAACUAAUCAACAGCAUAUUUUUACUGCGAGCAAUGACGGAACGGUGAGGCUGUGGAGCUACUAUAAAAGAGACGCAAGAACUUUCCAGAGAAGCAACUCACUGAAAAGUUAAUACAUGUAUCUAAUG